AUGCUAGGUCCUUCGUGCCCACUUAUCUCGGCGAUCAAGAGCUGCAUUGCCCGUUUUGGCAUACCGGACAUCGUCCGGACCGACAACGGACCGCAGUUUGUGUCAAACGAGUUCGCCGAGUUUGCGCGGUCAUACGGCUCCCGUCACGAGACCAGCAGCCCGAGGUACCCCCAGAGCAAUGGAGAGGCAGAGCGCAUGGUGCGCACAGUGAAAGAGUUGCUCUUCAAAGGUCCUGAUCCCUACCUUGCCUUACUGUCGUACCGCGACACGCCCGGCCCCAACGGUAUUUCCCCGGCUCAAGCCCUGAUGGGAAGGAAAUUACAAACUCGUCUCCCGAAACUACCGGAACAACUGGUGCCGUCAUUACCAUGCCACACGAGUUUCAGGGAAAAGGACUCGUGGAACAAGGCACGACAAGCGAUGAACUACAAUCGCCGUCAUGCUUCAAGCCAAUUGGCCCCUUUGAGUCCUGGAGACUAUGUAUGGGUGACUGACACACGCUGCAGUGGUGAAGUACUCUCACAGGCUCAGCGUCCACGGUCCUACCUUGUUCAGACCCCCAGAGGCGUCCUUCAGUGUAAUCAUCGACACCUGGUACUUCAUUCAUCGGAAGCGACCCCAGCUCAACUGGCAGCUUCUCCACCUGUCACUCCCGAGAUCAUGCAGCCUGCAGCACCUCGGGAAGAUCCAACGCAGACGAAAGUGACGCCGCAGGAAACGCUGACAGAGACUCGCAGCGGUCGUAUAGUGAGACCACCGCGGCGGUUGGACUUGUAG